AGUAGUUCCCCAGCAGGGAGGCGAAACAGAAAAGCCAAUUUCGAGCCGACUGAACAUAUGUUUUGUGCUCAACCAACACCUCUGAAAAAGCUGCUCUUCACUCUCCCACACUCUUAUCUAUCCUUCUCUCUCUCUCUCUUCACACAAUAAAAUCUCAACUAGUAUAUAUUAAUUCCGAAAUCGUAAGCCACACUUUCACAGCUUCCACCUUCACAAAUUACUGGUAUCUCAAAAACACUAAUAAGGCAUAUGGCGACAGACAGAAGCGAAAAGAAGGCGACAAAGUCAGGGCAGGCCGGCGCGGCGCCGCCGCCUCAAGAGCCGGAGCAUCUCCCAUGCCCGCGCUGCGACUCCACCAACACCAAGUUCUGCUACUACAACAACUACAACUUCUCGCAGCCGCGCCACUUCUGCAAGUCCUGCCGCCGCUACUGGACCCACGGCGGCACCCUCCGCGACAUCCCCGUCGGCGGCAGCACCCGCAAGAACGCCAAGCGCUCUCGCACCUCCCACGUUCCUGCCGCCGCCGUUUUCUCCUCCGCUUACCGCCACCUGCCCGCCGCCGCCUCCCACUUCCAGCUGGUGCCCAGCCACAGCGGCGCUGGCAAAUUCACUACUCUGGUGAACGCUUCUCCGGUGCUGAUUGAUGAGAUGGGGUUUGGCCUGGCGAGGGAGAGUUGGCCCUUUGCUGCGGUUGUGGACGGCGGCAACGGUGGUGGUCACCCCGGCGUGGCAGGGCAUACGUGGCAGCUGGAGAGUGGAGAGGGUGGGUUUGUUGGGGCUGACUGUUUCGGAUUUCCAGAUCUUGCUAUUUCCACUCCUGGAUGUUUUUUUAAGUAAAAGGAUUAUUACUAGUGGUUUUUCUUUCUUUUUUUAUAAAAAAAAUCAAGAUUAGCAGUAAUUUGUAGGAGUAUAAUUAAUCUAUGUUUCUGUGGCUUCAAAUUUUAUUUACAAUGUGAGUAUUUCCAGAA